GGCCUGUUGCUGAGCGUGCGAUGAGCAGCUCCGCGACCCCCAUGCCGCCCGGCGGCUUCGCGAACGUCGAGGACGAGCCGCCUCCGUCGCGGAAGCGCGGGCGGAGCCCCGAGCCCGCGGCGCCGCGCGCGCACCUGCCGCGCGUGCUCCCCGCCGGGACGCGCGCGGCCAUCCUCGCCGCCGUCGCCCCGGGUCGCGAGGCGCACGAGGUCGACGACUACCGGCGCCAGGUGCUCGCCGCGGGCCAGACGGCCGAGUUCGUCAUCCCGAGCCAGGUGACGCCCAAGUACGUCUGCAACGUCUGCGGCAACCGCGACCAGCGCAAGUUCCUCCACGAGCCCCGGGCCGGCGACGUCGUCUGCCUCGGCGCCGACGAGACGGGCUGCGGCAACGUCGUCGAGGAGCACAAGAUGCACGAGGGCGCGCAGUACCGCAAGUUCGAGGGCGAGGACGACAAGUCGCACCACGGACCGGCGCCGAACCGGCUCUACUCCGCGGCGCACAACAUGCGCACGUCCAUGGUGCCCACGGGCGGCGCCGGCGGCGCCGCGGCGAGCCGGCUGCGCCAGGCCUACGACGCCGUGGAGCUCGGCCUGUCGAACCUCGGGAGCGACGAGAAGCGGACGCGCGUCGGCUACAAGGACCAGAUGAAGAAGCGGGCCUUCGACCAGAUUGUGCACGUGGCGUCGAAUUUGGAGCUCCACGCGUCCGUCGUCUCGCGGGCCCAGGCGCUCUUCGCGAACUUCCGCGACGAGAAGGAGUACGUGCAGCGCUACGACGCCGUCCUCGCGGCGUGCGUCGUCCAGGCCGCGGAGGAGGCGGCGGAGGACGAGCACCGCAAGAGCCUGCUCGCGCCCGCGGCGAAGGCGGAGGCGCCGCGGCCCCUCGUGGCGUCGAGCCGCGCGCGGCUCCUCGCGAAGCCGCUCGGCUCCGCGGCGACGCUCGGCGACGGCGCGAUGGCGCCGCCCGUCGCCGUCGCGCGGCGGCGCCACCCGGCGGCGCCGACCAAGGGCGCGGCGCGGCCCGCGCCGACGAACACGGCCCUCGUCGACGCCUCCAAGGCCGCCAUGGCCAAGGACUACGCCGGCGCCCUGGCGCUCCUCGAGGGCAAAAUAGAAGAGCCCGAGCGGUCGUCGGCCGUCGCCCAGAACAUCCUGGGCGUCUGCCUCUGGAAGGUCGGGCGCCUCGACGAGGCGUCGGCGUGCCUCGGCGCGCUCGCGGCGCAGCCCGGCGCGAGCGCGCAGGUCGCGGGCAACUACCGCGGCGUGCGCCUCGACGCCAAGGUCGCGGCGAUCACCGCGGCGAACGACGCCAACGGCGCACGGCCGCCGGGCGACGCGGCGGCGGCCGCGGCCUGCGCGGCGCGCUACGAGGCCGUGGACCUCGACGACCCCUGCACGGACGACAUCCGCUUCCACGCGCUCUACAACGCGGGCCUCUGCCGCCUCGACGCGGGCGACACGGGCCGCGCGGCCCAGUGCUUCGAGGCGGCGCUGCAGGCGAAGCCCGACUUCGCCGCGGCCUGGCACAACCUCGGGGAGGCGCUGCGGCUCCUGGGCGACCUCGACGGCGCGGCGCACGCCUUCGGCGAGGCCAAGGCGCGCGGCGGCGGCGGCGGCGGCGAUGCGGGCGGGCCGUCGGACGACGAGGUCGCGGACGCGGCGGGCCGGGGCCUCGUCGAGUCCAUGCUCCAGGCGGGGCGCUACGCCGACGCGCUCGCGGCGCUGGGCCCGCUCUUCGACGCGAGCUCCGGGGAGGGCCUCAUCGAGCCGCUCUACUGGCGGGGCCUGUGCCGCCUGAACACGGGCGACGCCGCCGCGGCCGCGGAGGACCUGGAAAAGUGUGUCGUUUUAUUGGAAAAGCAAACCCACCCCAUCUACCCGCUCGCGGGCGUCCGGGGCCCGCUCUUCACGGCCUGCGCGCGCCGCGGCGAGGCGUUGCUCCUCGACGGCAACGACGCGGCCGCCGCGCUGCCCUACUUCGAGAAGGCCGUCGGCGCCGUCGACGACGCGCACGCGGAGCGCGCGACGGCGCGGCUCAAUUUGGGCAUCUGCCGCGCGCGCACGGGCGACGGCGCCGGCGCCGCGGCGAUGCUCCGCCAGCUCGCCGACGAGGGCCGGGGCCCGCCGGACCGCGCGGGCCACGCGCUCGGCUCCGUCUUAUUGGACGGCGGCGACUACGCGGCCGCGAAGGACGCGUACGCCGCGGCGACGGCCGACCCGUCGAAGAUCCGCGACCCCGACGACGCCGACGGCCUCCACAACCUGGGCUUCUGCUGCUACAAGCUCGGCGACCUCUACGCGGCGCGCGACGCCUUCGCCAAGUCGCUGGCCAUGCGGCGGGACCACGAGCCCUCGGUGCGCGCGGUCAAGCUCAUCGACGCGCUCAUCGCCGCGCGCGAGCGCCGCGAGGACGCGGCGCUCGGUGCCCUCGCCAAGGACUGGGACGCGUGCGCGGCGCUGGGGGAGGACGAGGCGCCGGCGCCGUCGGACCUCGACGCGCGCUACCUGCUGUUGCGGGACCGGCUCGCGCGCGACGCGGCGGAGCCGUUGAGCGGCGUCAAGCGGGGCGGCACGGAGGAGGGGUCCCUCGAGCGGCCCUUCGACCCCGCGGAGCUCCCGGAGGUCCAGGCCGCCGACGACGCCACGCGCAAGGCGUUCCGCGCGCUCCGCGCCGUCGACAAGCUCCGCGCGUCCGCGUUCUCGCCGCGCGACGCCGCGCUCGACGACGCGCUCGCGGGGCACAAGGCCGCGGCGAAGAAAUCCAUCGCCGAGGGCGAGGCCGCGAAGCGGUCCGACGGCCCGCGGGGCGAGGCCGCGCGGACCGACGCGGCGGCGGCGCUCGAGGCCGUCCGCGACGUCGCGGCUCGCGGCGACGCCGCCGCGCGGGCGAACGCCGCCGCGCGCCGCGACGCCGAGCGGGCCGCGCUCGCGGACGCGGCCGCCGCCGUCGACGGCGCCGUCGCCGCGGCGGCCGCCGCCGUCGACGCGCACGCGCGCGCGGCCGAGGCCGCGGCGUGCGACCGCCUCGCGGGCGUGCUCGCCGCGGGCGCGGCGACGGCCGCCGCGCGCGACCGCGCGGCGAAGGCGGGCGUCGCCGACGAGCCCGAGUUCGCCGCCGCGGCCCGGGCCGCCGACGCCGCGCGGGACGCGGCCGCGGCCGCGGUCGACGCCGCGCGCGGCGCGGCCGGCGACGCCGCGGCCGAGCUCCUGGCGGCGGCCCGGGCCGCCGUCGACGCCGCGACCGACGCCGCGGCGGCGCUCGGCGCCGCCGUCGCCGACGCCGCCAAGGCCGCGCGGAAGCGCCGCGCGGCCGAGGGCCGGCGCCGCGAGGCCGAGCUCCUCGCGCGGCUCGCGGACGAGGAGGCCGCCGCGCGGCGCCGCGCGGAGGAGUUCUACGCGGCGCUGGACCGGAAGCGGCUCAAGAAGACGGGCCGCGUAUUAGACGGCGCCGCGCAACAAACCUACGAGGACCCGCGGAAGCCCCUCGACGUCGCGGCCUUCGCCCCGGCGGACGCCGACGCCGCGCGGAACCUCUACGCCCAGGGCUGGUCCACGGGCGCGCUCGUCGUCCUCGCGCGGGGCCGGCGCCGCGGCUCGCUCCGGGGCGCGGCCGCGGCGUGCCUCGCCGAGGCCGCGAAGGGCCGCGCGCCCCUCGACAGCGACGACGCCGGCGCGCUGGAGCUCUACGCGGCGGGCUGGUCGCCGAGCGCGCUCGCCACGCUCCUGCGGCUCCGCGCGGCCGGCGGGGGGGACCUCGCGGACCUCGCGGCGGGCCACGCGCAAUCGCUCGGGCCCGCCGCGGCGACGCGGACCUACGACCCCGCGCGCAAGUACGCCCUCGGCGACCUCGCGGCGCCGGAGGCGCCGCCGGGCGUCGACCCGAGCCGCCGCGAGCUCCACCUCGACGCGGCCGCCUUCGCCGCCGCGUUCGGCAUGGACCUCGCGGCCUUCGAGGCGCUCCCCAAGCCGGCCUCGGCCAUGGUCAAGUUCGCCGUCAAGCCCCGGGGGCGGGCGGCGCCGGCGGGCGAGGGGCUCGGCGCGGAGGCGCUCGCUUCCGAGCUCGCCGCCGUCAAGCGCCAGAAGCGGGCCCUCCAGCGCCAGCUCGCGGGCCACGUCAAGCUGGCCCACAUGGCCGCCGUGACGUCCCACGCCGAGGCGCGCACGUUCUGCGCGACGAUCUUCGGCAACGCGCUCUACGAGGACCGGCUGCCGCCGCGCUUCCUCGUGGCGUCCUACGUCGGCGUCGACCCGGACCGGCCCCGGGGUCCGUACCCGCCGUCGCUCUUGCGGCUCCACCCCGCGCGGGACCACGCGCUGGGCACGCCGGCGACGCGUUUGGACCUCGCGCCCUGGCGCGCCGACGAGCCCCAGCUCCGGCGCAUCGUCGCGGCCGUCGGGCCGACGCUCGUCGACCUGGACCUCGCGUCGGCCGUCGCGCCGUACGCGCGGGGGCCCGGCGCGGCGCCGUCGUGCGUCGCGCCCUGGACCUGGCCGCGCCACAAGGCCUGCGAGCACCACGGCCACCUCCCCGACGACGCGGGCCUGCGCGCCGUCGCCGUCGCGGCGACGCACGACCGGAGCGACGGCCGGCGGCCGCUCCGGCUGCGACGGCUCGGCCUCGCGCGGUGCGGCGCGGUGACCACGGCGGGCGUCGCGGGCGUCGUGCACGCGACGCUGCACAGCCUCGAGGCGCUGGACCUCGCCGAGAACCCCCAGCUCGACGAGGCCGUCGUGUUGGCGUUGAGGGAUCCGCUGCGGCCCGCGCGCCUCGCGACGAUCGACCUGAGCGGUUUGGCCGCGCUCGGCGACGGCGGCGUCGCCGUCGUGGUCCGCUGCUGCCCGGGCCUCGAGGUCGUGCGUCUGUGCGGCUGCGGCCGCGUCGGCGACGAGGGCGCGCGCCUGCUCGUCGACGGCUGCCCGGGCCUCCGGGACCUCCGGCUCGCGUCGUGCGCCCGCGUCGACGGGUCCUUCCUCGCGCACGACGUCGUCGCGCCGCGCGACCCGAAGCAGGUCGAGGGCGAGAUCGCCUGCCUCGCCAUGCGCCCGGCGCUGACGGCGCUGGACCUCGGCGACACGGCCGCGCGGCGCGAGUGCGCGCGGUGGGCCGCGGGCUGCUGCCCGGCGCUCCGCGCGCUGCGGCUGGCGACCUGCGGGCCGCUGGAGGACGAGGGGCUCCUGGCAUUAGCCGUGAACCCGGCCCUGGCCCUCGAGUCGCUCGACGUGUCCGGGUGCCACCUGCUGGGCCGCGACGGCGGCAAGGCCUUCUACGAGCUCGCGUACCGCCACGGCGACUCGCUCGAGUGUUUGGACCUGCGGCACGUGCCGCUGCUCGCGCCCCACGUCGUCGCCCAGAUUUUAGACGACUGCACGUUCCUGCGGCAGCUGCGCCUCGACGGCACGCAGGCGCCGUCGGAGGCGUGCUUCGGCGGCGCGGAAGGCGCGGAACUCGCGCUCGCGCAGGCCAAGGAGGGGCUCAGGGCCGCGGCGUUCCGGCCGAGCGGCGGCGUCGGCGCGCCCGUGAGCCUGUUGGGGGGCAAGGGGUCCGGCAAGCGGCGGCGGCCGCCGGAGCGCCCGCCGGCGGCGCACCGGGAGCGGCCCGUGCGGACCGCGCGGCUCGGCGCGCUCGAGGAGCUCACGAUGGCCGGCUGCGCGCGGCUGACGGCGCCGGCGCUCGCCUGGGUCGCGACCCGGCUGCCGAACGUCCGCUGCCUGGACCUGACGCACGCGGGCGCCGGCGGCGCUUUGACGGACGCGUCGGUCUGGUGCGUCGCGUCGUCGUGCCCGCGGCUGCGGCGGCUGCUCAUCGCGCGGCCCCAGGACAGCGGCGGCAUGAGCCGCAAUGCGGCGGCGAACAGCGCCUUCCUCACGGACGCGUCGCUCUACGCGAUCGGCGAGCACCUGCCGCGGCUCGAGACGCUCGACCUGAGCCAGCACCCGUUCCUGACGGCGCUGGGCUGGGCCGGCUUCGAGAACCCGCGUUUGAGGGUAUUGAAGAUGACGGGCUGCGCGGCGCUCGAGGUGCGGGGGUUGCAGGUGGUCGCCAAAUUCGCGCCGAACCUCACGGACUUUGACGCGAACGGCGCGCCGCUCGUGGAGCCCGAGGACGUGCGCCGCGUCUUCGGCGCCAACGCCUACGCGACGUCCCACGAGGGCGACGUCGCCAUCCGCCCGAACCGCGACGCCGCGGCCAUCGAGCGGCGCGACGCCGCGUACGCGCGGCUGCACCACGAGGGCUUGUGCGCGACGUGGAUCUUCUGCGGCUGGCGCUUUUUUCAACUGACGCACCGCAUCCGGCGGCGCAUCGCCGGCGCCGUCGUGAAGCGCGCCGUCGUCGAGUACCGCGCGCGGCGGCGCGACGCGUUCCGCCAGCACUUCAAGCGCCUGGUGAACUACCGGCGCAUCAUCGCGCGGUGGUCCGCGAUCCGCCUCCAGCGGUGCGUGCGCCGCUGGCUCGUGGCGCGGGGCAUCCGGGCCUGCGUGCGCAUCCAGCGCUGCUACCGGAGCCGCCGGGCCAAGUGGCUCGUGGACAUGCUCACGAUGAUCAACGGCUCCGUCACGUUGAUCGCGCGCGUCUGGCGGGGAAAGAAGACGCGGACGGACCUACCGUUGGAUUUAUUGCGCAUGGCGAAGCAGUGGGAGGAGGAGAUCGGCCGCGGCGGCGGCAACCGGAGCCGCGCGGCCGAGGAGCUCGAGGACGCGAUGUCGCGGCGGAUCCUCGACGAGAUCGGCGGCCACGUCGCGCGCCUCGCGGAGAACAUGGCGACGACGAAGCGCCAGAUGGGCGAGACCAUGCAGACGAAGCAGGACCGGCUGCGCAAGGGGGUCCAGGAGCGGCUCAAGGCCGCCGAAUUGUCCAUCCCCCUGUCGCGGAAGAUGCGCGUGCCCGUCUACGGCGACGCCAGACCCCACGCGUACGACGGCGCGGCCGCGGCCGCGGGCCGGUCCCACGUCUUCGGCGAGGCUGUGUGGCCCGAGCCCCGGGGCCGCGUCUUCGAGGAGACCGUGGCCGACUUCGACCCCAAGGCCGCGACGUACGAGGCGCGCGCGAAGAUGGUCGAGAAGACGGCCGCGGCCGCGCUGAGCGGCGGCGAGCUCGCGCCGGAGCUCGGCAAGGGCGGCGACUCCAAGGACGCGGAUUAUGCGGAUGGCAAGGCCGAGCAAUCUCGACGCACGCCCUGGUCCAUGGCGAAUCUACAGAGCGCCGAUUCGUUACUGCCGACGCUCGCGGCGGCGAAUCUGGCGCAGAUGAAGCAGACGCUCAUCCUGGACCGGGCGAAGAACGAGACGGAGGCGCGGCAGAUCGAGGAGGCGAAACGGUUGGAACAGGCGCUGGAGGAGGCCGAGGAGGAGGCGCGGCAGCAGGCCGCGGCCGCGGCGCUCGUGUCCGAGGAGGAGAACCAGGCCGUCACGGACAUGUGCGCGCUCGUCCGCGGCCACUUCGGGCGGACGAUCGCCGACCAGGCGCGCGAGAACCGCGCGACCAUGCUCGAGGAGCGCGAGAAGGCGCGGGUCGGCAAGGCGGCGACGGCGAUCCAGAAGCUGGAGCGCGCGCUGUCCGUACGGCGCGACUUCGACGACCGCGACAUCGGCGUCGGCACGUGCUGCGGCCUGCGCGAGGUCGUCCAGGAGGAGUACGCCGUCGUCGAGUACGGCGAGCCGCCCCAGCCGUCCCUCGUGAGCCGGCGCGGCCGGGGCCGCCACGCGCCGGGCAGCGAGGGCGAGCAGGAGAACAAGGCCAAAAUACAGAUCCGCGUCCACGCGGACUUUCAGAUUCGACGGUCCUACGAGCGCAAGGCCGCGCUCUUCGAGCGGGGCGAGCUCCGGUCCAAGUGCGCGGCCAUCGACGAGAAGGGCCUGGUGAAGGCCUACGAGCGCCUCGAGGCGCUGGACGCGGAGCACUGUGCGGAGCACGACAAGCUCGCGGACCUCGAGCUCGCGAACGACUGCGUCGGCAAGGCGCUCCAGGCCAUGAUCGUGGCCUACCUGUCUGCGGAGAGCGAGAAGACGCAGGCGCCGGCGAAGGUGCCCGAGGCCUGGGACGUGGCCAUGCGGGGCGUCGCCGCGCGGCGGAAGCACCUCACGUACGCCGUCGACGCGCUGGAGAAGGCGCAGUGGUGGGGCGUCGAGGCCGUGCGCUGCCACUACCGGCGCCACCGGGCCUGCGCCCUGUCCAUGUCGACGGCGGCGAACCGGCUGCGCUGGCUCGACCGCGAGUGCGCCCUCAUCGGGAAGCUCCGCGCGUUCCUGAGGCAGCGGCGCGAGAUGGCGCCCGACUCGAUCCACCAGAAGUACUACGUCGCCUGGCUCGACAGCCAGCUCGAGCGCCUCGCGUCCAUGUUCGUCGCGCUCGACUCGGAGCAGGAGCACGUCGUCGCGCGGGACCUGGGGCAGAUGCGCGCGUGCAUGGAGACCGCGCUCGGCUCGGAGGCGAUCCUCGACGAGAUGGUCCAGGACCUCCGCGCGGACUACAAGUACGACGCGGAGAAGGUCGGCCUCGAGCUCGCGCGGCUGCGCAUGGACGCCGAGUCCGAGGACGCGCUGCGGGCCCUCGAGGCGACGACGGUGCUCAAGCAGAAGCAGGAGCACCUCCACGAGGGCGCGUUCGUCCAAUUGCGCGCGGCCCUGGAGGACCUCCACAAGCGCGAGGAGUCGCGGCUCGAGCGGCAGAUCGCGUUCCGCGGCGACGAGCAGGGCCUGGAGCGGGAGAAGCUCGUCGACAUCCAGGCCGUGCUGCGGAACCCGCCCAAAAUCCACGGCCACUUCGACCGGGAGAAGUGGCUCGACGUCUUCCGGUCCCAGCCGUGGCUCGCGCAGCAGGAGGUCGAGGAGGCGAAGCGGCGCGAGACCUUCGACAAGAAGAAGAUGCAGCUCGCGCAGAUGGCGGGCAUCGUCGAGCAGAAGCGCGAGGACAUGGUCAAGGAGUCCGCGGAGUUGGACGCCUUGGAGGCCGCGAUGCUCGAGAACGAGCGCGUCCGCGACGCCGCGGACUCGACCCGCGACGCCCGGGAGGCGGCGGCGACGUUCCUCGAGGUCAACGCGGGCGUGCUCGCGGAGAAGCGCGCGGACCACGCGCGCCGCGAGGAGGCGCUCGAGAAGCUCGAGGGCACGCUCGCCGAGUUCACGCGCGAGAUGGGCGCGGAGGAGAAGGAGGCCCACGACCGCCUCGCCGCGGCGCGCGCGGCCAAGGCCGAGUUCGACGCGACGGAGUCCGAGGAGGAGGACAAGCGCGCGGCCGUGCUGAACGCGCGGAAGCGCGCGAUCGCCGCGGAGAUGAGCUCGAUCGAGCAGGAGAUGGCGGCGGACGACGGCGACGACGCCGACGCCAUCGACGCCAUGGAGGAGCGGUCCAAGGGCCUCGAGGAGGAAUUGGAGGCCAUCGACCGCGAGCUCAAGUCCAUGAAGGAGCGCAGCGAGCGCCGCAAGGUCAUGACCGAGGCCGUCGAGGCCGAGGCCACCGAGGAAGUGGAAGCAAAAGCCCAGAAGGAGCUCCAGGAGAAGCUGAGGGCCGACAAAAAAUCGGAGGCCGUCGAGAAGAUGCGCGAGCAGGCGCGCAAGGACGAGGAGCAGGCCGCGAAGGAGGAGGCCGCGCUCCAGCUCGAGCGCGAGCAGGCCGCGGAGCUCAAGGCCGCGGGCGCGCUGGCGGCCAUGGGCCUCGUCGACCCGUCCCUCAAGAAGCGCAAGGGCCCCCUGCGCGAGGCCUACAAGGAGGCGAAGCACCGCGCGCGCCGCGCGGUCUUCGGCGCCGACUCCGUCGCGGCGGAGCAGCAGGAGUCGAACCACAUGAUGCAGUCCAUCAUGCGCCGCCAGAAGCUCAAGAUGGGCGCCGCGACGGCCAUCCGGAGCAUCCGCUUCACCGUGGGCAAGGAGGAGACCGACGCCUUCAAGGAGAAGCAGGAGCAGUUCGCCGCGGACAGCCUCCCGCACUACAUCCGCGUGAAGAAGACCAUCGGCCUCCACACGCAGAUCGCCAUCUGGAUCGAGCCCUCGGCGGACCAGGACGAGUUCCUGACGGACGUCCAGAUCGCCCACUCGUCGCCGGAGAACGAGUUCUACAAGGACUUGAGCCAACGCGGUUACGCGGCGUACACGCACCCGAAGCUCCAGGCGGAGAAGGGGUCGGACCCGGGCUUCGUCAUCUGGGGCAAGAAGCGCAAGGACGCCGUCUUCGUCGUCGCGUCCAUCGAGGUGUCCUACACGCUGCGCGACGAGCAGAACUUCGCCGCGGACGGCUACGAGAAGAUCGACAAGAACCUCACGAACUUCAACUUCGGCGACAUGUUCCUCUGGGUCAAGAAGAUCAACCGCAACGCCGAGGCGGAGAACGACAACGAGGAGUCCAUCUUCCACGAGCUGCGGGCCACGCGCAAGGAGAUCCGCAAGCGGCCCGACGACCCCAUUUUAGUGCAGCGCGAGAAGGGCCUCAAGGCGCGUCUGGAAAAAGUCAAGGAGUACGCGGACUACCGCGACGCGUUCAAGGAGGACCCCCUGAAAUACGCCAUCGAGUUCAUGGCCAUCACCCAGUCCGAGCUCGAGCGGUGGAUGGACCACUUCACGGCCAUGGACACGGAGCACAUCGGCGGCAUCUCGCCGAAGCAGGUGCUGGAGUACCUCGGCUUCCGCGACACGCGGUUCAUGUACGCGGCCUUCGCUCUACUGGGCGAGCCGGCGGACGGCACGCUCAUGGACUUUGGCGAGACCGUCAAGUGCAUCGGGUCCUUCUGCUUCUUCGGCAAGGACGAGCUGCUCCACUUCGCGUACUCGAUCUUCGACUCCGACGACAACGGCUACAUCACGCACGACGAGUUCCUGCUCCUGCUCUCGGACCUGCACGCGGCGACGAACCGGGGCCGCACGAACCGGGCCCUGCGCGAGAUCGAGCUCUUCGACGACGGGAAGCUCACCUACGAGGAGUUCCUCGAGACGGACAAGAACUUCCCGAACCUCUUCUACCCGCUCUUCGAGGCGCAGAACCUCAUGCGCCAGAAGUUCUUCGGCACGCGGUACUGGACGCGGAAGCUGCAGAAGUACACCAAGAUCAAGGCCCAACUCCGCGAAGAGCGGCAGAACAACACGGACAAGAUGGCGGCCGCGGACGCGUGGUUCGAGAGCCGCGUCGCGAAGCGCACGGAGCGGCUCCACAAGAGCAAGCUCGCCGCGCAGAACACGCAGUCCAUCGUGAAGCGGAGCCUGCUGACGGCGCGCAUCUACGCGCUCCAGUUCGCCCAGAAGCACGACAAAAAGAAAAAGAAGUUCGGAAGGGUCAACAAGAACCUGCCGGGCGCGAUCAAGUAA